AUGUGCAUCGUGAAGCCAGAUGGGCCGCCGAUGCUCUGUAAGACGGACGAGAUUGGAGAGAUUGUGGUAAACUCUCGUGCUGGAGGAACCCUGUACUACGGCCUGAUGGGAGUCACCAAGAACACAUUCGAGGUGAUCCCUGUGAAUCUGAAUGGAGCUCCUAUUGGAGAAAUACCGUUCGUGCGCUCAGGACUGCUUGGAUUUGUUGGACCGGGCAGUCUGAUAUUCGUAGUCGGGAAGAUGGAGUGCUUGCUGAUGGUCAGUGGACGUCGCCACAAUGCCGACGACCUCGUGGCUACAGCCCUCGCCGUGGAGCCGGUCAAGACCGUGUACAGGGGCAGGAUUGCAGUAUUCUCAGUGACCGUGUUCUAUGAUGAGAGGAUCGUGAUCGUAGCAGAACAGAGACCUGAUGCCAGUGAAGAGGACAGUUUUCAGUGGAUGAGCAGAGUUCUGCAGGCCAUAGACAGCAUCCAUCAGGUGGGUCUGUACUGUCUGGCUCUGGUUCCUGCCAACACGCUGCCCAAGACUCCUCUGGGUGGAGUUCACAUCUCAGACAUCAAGCAGCUCUUCCUCGAGGGUUCGCUGCACCCCUGCAACAUCCUCAUGUGCCCUCACACGUGUGUGACCAACAUGCCCAAACCUAGGCAGAAAACAACCAGGUCAGUGUCUCUGAUGGGUGUAGGUCCUGCCUCCAUUCUGGUUGGGAACCUUGUUGCUGGAAAGAGAAUUGCUCAGGCAGCAGGAAGAGAUCUGGGAAUGAUCGAGGACCAAGAUUUGGUCAGAAAGCAUCAGUAUCUGACUGAAGCUCUGCAGUGGCGAGCGCAGACAGAUCCAGAGCAUGUGCUGUAUGUUCUGCUGAAUGCAAAGGGUGUGGCAGUUUCCACAGCUUCAUGUUUACAACUUCAUAAAAGAGCUGAAAAAAUCGCUGCUGCGCUCAUGGAGAGAAGUGGAAUUAGUAUCGGAGAGAACGUUGUGCUGUUAUACCCACCAGGCAUUGAUCUGAUUGCAGCUUUUUAUGGCUGUCUCUAUGCCGGCUGUAUUCCCGUCACCGUGAGGCCUCCACACCCACAGAACCUCUCAGCCACACUGCCUACAGUCCGCAUGAUCAUCGACGUGAGUAAAGCUGCCUGCAUCCUCACCACUCAGAUUCUCACCAAGACUCUCAGAUCUAAAGAAGCUGCUGCUUCAGUCAACAUAAAAACCUGGCCCAUCAUAAUAGACACAGACGAUCUUCCUCGUAAACGUCCUCCAAACAUCUACAAACCUCCGUCUGCUGACGUGAUUGCUUACCUGGACUUCAGCGUGUCCACCACGGGCAUGCUCACAGGAGUGAAGAUCUCUCACUCGGCGGUCUCUGCUCUGUGCCGCUCUAUAAAGCUGCAGUGUGAGCUGUAUUCCUCUCGCCAACUCGCCAUCUGCCUCGACCCGUACUGCGGACUCGGCUUCGUGCUCUGGUGUCUUGCCAGUGUCUACUCAGGUCAUCAGUCCAUCCUGAUUCCUCCUCUGGAGUUGGAGAGUUCGUUGUCUCUGUGGUUGAGCACACUGAGUCAGUAUCGCAUCAGAGACACCUUCUGCUCCUACUCUGUCAUGGAGCUGUGUACGAAAGGCCUCGGGGGACAAACUGACAUGCUGAGGGCUCGUGGAGUGAACCUGGCAUGUGUGAGGAGUUGUGUGGUUGUAGCUGAAGAACGUCCACGUUUGGCUCUCACUCAGUCCUUCUCCAAACUGUUUAAAGAUGUCGGCCUCUCCACCCGUGCUGUCAGCACCUCCUUCGGCUCCAGAGUCAACCUCGCCAUCUGUCUACAGGGUACAACCGGACCAGACCCCUCUACUGUGUAUGUUGACAUGAAGUCCCUCCGACAUGACAGAGUGAGGCUGGUCGAGAGAGGAGCGCCUCAGUCUCUUCCUCUGAUGGAGUCUGGAACAAUUCUUCCUGGUGUGAGGGUCGUGAUCGUUAAUCCUGAGACUAGGGGACCUCUGGGAGACUCUCACCUGGGAGAGAUCUGGGUGAACAGUCCUCACACGGCGUCGGGUUACUACACCAUCUACGGAGAGGAGAGUCUGCAGGCCGACCACUUCAACACCAAGCUCAGCUUCGGGGAUCCACAAACGCUGUGGGCCAGGACGGGAUACCUCGGCUUUGUCAAGAGGACCGAACUCACUGACGCCAGCGGGGAGAGACAUGAUGCUCUGUUCAUCGUUGGUUCUCUGGAUGAGACUCUGGAGCUGAGAGGACUGCGCUAUCACCCCAUCGAUAUAGAGACCAGUGUGCAGCGAGCGCACCGCGGUAUCGGAGAGAGCGCCGUCUUCACCUGGACUAAUCUGCUUGUGGUGGUGUCGGAGCUGUGCGGCUCGGAGCAGGACGCAUUGGACCUGGUGCCUCUGAUCACCAACGUGGUCCUGGAGGAACAUCACCUGAUCGUGGGCGUGGUGGUGAUCGUGGACCCCGGCGUCAUCCCCAUCAACUCCCGUGGAGAGAAGCAGAGGAUGCACCUGAGAGACUCCUUCCUGGCUGAUCAGUUAGACCCCAUAUACGUGGCCUACAACAUGUGAGGAGAACAAACUCCAGACCUUCACACGCUCACUAUGGGCUGUGAGUAACAUAAAAACAUUGUAAAAAUUCAGGUCCACUUCCUAUAAUUUAUUACUCAUGAGCACAUCGUCGUUCUCGUCAUUUCUCCUGCGUUCCUCUCACGCUGCUCAGUUUCAGCACUUUUUGUUUUUUUUUUGUUUUGUUUUGUUUUUUUCGUUUUACAUUCAUUAAAAAAUAACAUUUCUGCAUGAUGUAGGAUUUUAAUAAAAGUCUUAUUGUUAUUAUUAUUAUUAUUAUUAUUAUUAUGUAUGCAGAAACUCGAUGCGUUUUUGGUACAAACACUGAAUUAAAUGCACAUUUAUUAUUUAUAACAGCUGCAGUGUGUGUGUGUGUGUGUGUGUGUGUGUGUGUGUGUGUGUGUGUCUAUGUGUGACUGUGUGUGUGUGUCUGUGUGUUUGUGCAUGUGUGUGUGUGUGUGUGUGUCUGUGUGUGUGUGUGUGUGUGUGUGUGUCUAUGUGUGUGUGUGUGUGUGUGUGUGUGUGUGUGUGUGUGUCACAUUUUGUCAUGGACACUAUAAAAACAGUUACUAAAACCAAUCAGAUCAAAAAUUUACAUAAACAACACAAAGGAGAGAAAUAAAUGCAAAGUAAAAUAAAACGAUUCAAAAAAAAUAUUUGUUAUUAAAAUGUUAUUUUAUUUCAAUUCAAAUGUAUUUUUGGUGCAGAUUUUUUCAUUUCUAUCCAUUGUUAUUAAAAUGAUCCAGAAGCAACAAAAAUGUGAAAUGGAGAUGUAAAUAAAUGUGUAAAUAUAUUCACAAACCUGCACUAAGGUUACAUAUACACACACACACACACACACACACACACACACACACACACACACACACACACACACACACACACACACA